AAGCGGGCGAUAGUUUGUUUUGGUUUUCCUUUGGGUGGUGUUUAUCAGCAUUCGGUACGGUUGCAUUACGUUUAGCAAUUCUUACGGUUUAUUCUAAAUACCAAAAUUUCCCGUCGGAAUCGUCUUAGUUUAGGCAAUCAGCAAAAAGAUCAAAAUGCCGUAAAAUCUAUCUUUUCACCAUUUUUGCUUAGUUAGGGAAGAUGAAGCAAAUAUUGAUUUUUACUUGAUGUAUUAAAUCUGCAGUGUUUGGCCAAGCCAAACCGGUAAAUCUUUUCCCCCUACAACCAUAAAUCAGUAUCUGUAAAAAUGAUGAAUACACGGUUGUUAGCGUUGCUAGCAGUUCUACUGAUUUUCAUCCGCCAAAUAUUUGCUUCCGCCGGUGAUCAAAGCCAAUUUUUUCAAAACUGUCUGAGGAACUGCGUACUAAGGAAUUGCACCAAGUCUGGCUUGACCUUUAAACGCAGUCUACAAGGCACGCAGAACUCGAUUAACAAGUUGCUACUAUGGACAUGUUACGACGAGUGUGGAUACGAAUGUAUGUGGCCAACAACCAGCGCGUUUUUGAAUCGGAAUUGGACCACUCCGCAGUUCUACGGCAAGUGGCCGUUUAUUCGCGUGCUUGGUCUGCAGGAGCCAGCAUCAGUAUUCUUUUCGAUGACCAACUUCGGGACGCACUAUUUGAUGCUGAAGAAAUUUCGUAGAGAGGUUCGUCCCGAUAGUCCCAUGUAUCUCUUGUGGCACGUGUUCUCGUACAUUUGCCUGAAUGCGUGGAUUUGGUCAACAGUGUUCCACGCGCGAGAUUUUCCUAUAACUGAGCUGUUCGAUUACACAUUUGCGUACUCCAUGGUGUUGGCAUCGUUUCACUGCAUGGUAAUGAGAAUGAUCCACCGGAAGUCAAAAUAUUUAAGAGGAAGUGUUAGUGUCCUAUGUGUUUUAUUCUUUGUGAAUCACUUCGCUUAUUUGAGCAUCGGGCGGUUCGACUAUGCUUAUAAUAUGAAGGCAAAUAUCGUGACAGGAAUGAGCGGUGCAGUUGGAUGGAUUUUAUGGUGUAUUUUGCAGCGACGAAAACGUCGCUACGUGUGGAAGUGUUUUUUGUUUAUUGUGCUGGCCACAUCCUCGUUGUUGUUGGAAGUGAAUGAUUUCCCACCGAUUUUCUGGGCGUUCGACGCUCAUUCCAUCUGGCAUCUGGUCACGGUACCACUGACUGUUCUUUUCUACAGUUUCAUCAUUGACGAUUGUAAAACCCUACGGCAGGAGUUACGCGACUAUGGUCCUGACGAUAUGCGGAAGCUGUUGUGAGAUAGGAUUUUCCCAAAAAACGAACAAAUUUACUUUAGAUUCUAAACGUUCCAUCGCGUUCCUAGCAUUCGAAAGACUAACUAUAGAUUUCCCCCCGUAGAGGGUCCCGUCUUUCUUCCACUGCCAACAAUUGUGAUUCGGUUUGGUGAACGACAAUAACUCUACGGAAUGGAACAAUUCGACCGGUAGCUGAAGAGAGUUGGAUGGCGUGCCUUCCGAAACUGAACUAUUUUAUCUAGGUGUUUAAUGUAAUCGAUUGAUAGUAGGAAUAUAUAGGCCAAUAGGGUGCAUCUCGUAGCCAUACAGUUCUUGAAUUGAUCCUUUAGCGAGUUUUGCAUUUAGAUGAUGUAAAUUUUUACUAUUCUAUAUACCUACUAUUUAAAGUUAUCAGCGGUGUUAAUUUUAGAUAGACAAGAAUUACAUACAAGUAUUCUAAUGUUGUUUGGUGUCUGUGAACUAGGGAUUAUGUGCAGUCCUCACCCUUUCAGGUCAAUAAAAAUGUAACAUAUUUGAGUAAA